AUGAGUAGUGAUGAAACAGCAAUUUCAAUUAUAACAAGUGAACAUUUACAAGAUUAUAUAAUUGUUGAUCAGAUCAAUAAAACAACAACGGUUAUUCAUCAUAAAUCUUUGUCACCAGUAUUAGAUCCAAUCAUUUGGUUAUUAACAAAACCAACAAUAAAUAUCCACAUUAAAUUAAACAAACUGAAAAAUGUAACAGUAAGAAAUGUUGGUGUAUUUGCUGGUGCUAUCAACUGUACCACGACUCGUGAUGAUGACUGUGAACAGUUCUAUUUCUCUGCAUAUUCUGUGAAUAAUAUAACAUUAAAACUGUUUGAUUUCAAACGAUUUGAUGCUUAUUUAUACCAUACAGGUGCCACAAAAUUUUAUGGUCGAAUUGAUGGACAAGCAACCAUCAAAUAUAACACAACUAUUGGUUUUACUGAUAUGUAUGGAUUUUAUAGCAGAAAAACAGAAUUGAUUGAGGAAGAUUCCAAUGACAACUAUUAUGAAAAAUUAAACAUGGCAGAUGAUAGAAACAAAUGGUGGUGA